AUGAAGGUCUCUGCAGCUGCUCUGGUCGCUCUGCUCCUCAUGGCCACCUGCUCCCCAGCUGAGGCCCAUCUUGGAUUGGUCCCAACCCCCUGCUGCUUCUCCUACAUGUAACGCACCAUCCCGCACAGAUUGAUUGCCUCCGCCUACAGGACCAGCAGCAUGUGCCCCCAGCCAGCGGUGAUCCUGGUCACCAAGAAGAGGAGAGAGGUAUGCGUGAACCCCGAGGCGCGCUGGGUGCAGGCAUAUCCGGAGAGCUUACAGCUGCCGGAGUACUGA